UUUAAAACUAUCACCCGAGGAGCACUGAAUAAUUACUCCAUAACAUGCCGUCCGAAUCCGACUAGUAUAUAUAGCCCCAUACCAGAACAAGCCAACCCAAGCCAAGAUCGUUUAGCAGAAGAACCACCCCCCAGUUCUGGCCAAAUUUCUUAUCAGCUAUAUAUACCUUUAUAUAGCUAGGGAUCGAUAAUAAUGGCGAAGAUUGCCUUGGGAACGGGCCGGGAAGCCUUUCAGGCGGACUGCAUCAGAGCCCUCAUUGUUGAGUUCAUAUGUACUUUCCUCUUUGUCUUCGCCGGUGUUGGUGCCGCCAUGGGUUCCGAUAAGCUAGGUGGAGAUUCUCUGGUGAGCCUAUUCUUCAUUGCAAUGGCACAUGCACUGGUGGUGGCUGUGAUGAUAUCGGCCGGAUUCCGUGUCUCCGGCGGCCAUCUCAACCCGGCGGUGACGAUCGGCCUCUGCGUCGGCGGUCACAUCACCCUGUUUAGAUCCUUUCUCUACUGGAUUGACCAGUGCUUAGCCUCAGUAGCUGCUUGUGCUCUUCUCUAUUAUCUUACUGGCGGAUUGACAACUCCGGUGCAUACACUUUCUAGUGGAGUGGGUUACUUACAGGGGGUGAUAAUGGAGAUAGUUUUGACAUUCUCAUUACUAUUCACAGUCUAUGCCACAAUCGUGGACCCCAAGAGGGGAUUCAUUGGCGGGCUGGGCCCACUUCUAACUGGGCUUGUAGUUGGGGCCAACAUAAUGGCCGGCGGGGCUUUCUCGGGCGCUUCGAUGAACCCGGCAAGGUCGUUUGGGCCGGCCUUGGUGAGUGGAGACUGGACUGAUCACUGGGUCUACUGGGUCGGACCGCUCAUCGGCGGUGCGCUUGCUGGAUUUGUGUUUGAGAAUUUCUUCAUUGAAAGAUCUCAUGUUCCCCUUCCAACAGAAGAAGACACUUUCUAGUUUUGUGCCUGGCCUGACUGCACUUUCAUGUGUUUGGUUUCAAAAAUUAUGUCAUAUUUUGGGCUGCUGCAUUUGAUGUAUGUAUGCUAGCUACUUGUAUGUUUGCUUGUGAUGGUUAGUAAAUUGGUGUUUGUUGUAGUA